AUGCUGCAAGUUGAAGAGGUGGACGACAAGGUUGCCCUCACAGCCUUUAUGGGAGGACUACAGACUUCUAAGUUCUUAUUUUCCUUAUCAAAUGAAGCCCCUACAAGCAUGACAGAGUUGAUGGUUAGAGCGCGGAAGCACAUGAACUCUGACGAUGCUAUGAAUGCACGAAAAAACAAAGAUGAUGAAGAUAAGAGGUCGGAUAAGAAGAGGCCAGCACCUAGCACUAGGGAGGAAAGGGAAUUGAAGUACAAGAAAUUCUCAAACCAGGCUGACAGAUCGUUUCGCCGCCCAGCGAGCCCAGGCAGGUAUAAUAACUAUACCCCCCUAAAUACAUCUGUAGAGCAAGUCUUUCUGCAGAUUCAAGAUGACGCAUCAUUGAAAUGGCCACCAAAGCUAAAAGCUGAUCCAACAAAGAGGUCUCGAGAUAAAUACUGUAGGUUUCACCGGGACCAUGGACAUAACACAGAGGAUUGUUUCGACCUCAAAAACCAGAUUGAGAACCUUAUUCGUAAAGGUCAUUUACGCAAAUUCACAACUAGAAAUGGAAAAGGAGGCUCCAACCCAGCCCGGGAGGGCCGAGAUGAUCACCCUCCUCAACACCAACCAAUGGGUGAGAUCAAAGUUAUAUCGGGUGGCUUCGCUGGUGGUGGUGAGACGAGUUCAGCUCGGAAGGCUCAUGCUAGGAGAAUUCGGAGUUUUUCAGAGGUGAAUGAAGUUGGAAUGACAAGUCCUCCAACCAAAUUACCUCGAGUUGAGGAGCCGGUCAUAAACUUUUCUGAAGAAGAUGACAAGGGAAUUCACCAGCCCCAUGAUGACCCUCUGGUAGUUUCCAUGGUCGUUGCUAAUUUCACUGUUCGACGAAUACUAAUAGACAAUGGUAGCUCGGCUGACAUACUAUUUCUUAGGGCGUACGAGAAAUUAAAAAUUGGCCGAGAGAAGCUCCGACCCAUGAAGUCACCACUGGUGGGAUUUUCAGGCGAUAAAGUAUAUCCACUGGGGGCAGUUACCCUUCCAGUUACUGCAGGAGCCAAUCCAAAACAGGUCACUGUAAUGGUGGACUUUGUAGUGGUGGACUGCCCAUCAUCAUAUAAUAUUAUCCUGGGGAGAACGACAUUGAAUGCUAUAAAAGCAAUCACGUCCACUUACCAUCUCCUGAUGCGUUUCCCAACUGAAUAUGGUAUGGGAGAGAUAAGAGGGGACCAAACAAUGGCUUGCGAAUGUUAUGUUGCCUCUCUCAGAAAAAUAAAAUCGCAAGAGGCAUUUACGAUUGAAGGGCUGGAAGGGAAAGAUAGACCAGACUUUCAUAGAGCGGAACCUACAGAGGAGCUAGAAGAGGUCAUCCUUGGUGAGCCCAAAAAAAAAAGUGAGUAUAGGGUCUUUACUCCCCCCAGGUAUCAAAGAUGA